AUGACCACCCAAAUCUCCAUCCUCGUAUACAAAGGAGUACCAGUAGACUUCACCAAAUACCGCCACACAGCCCUGCACGCACAGUACCCAACAGGCGAAUCCGACUGGCUCCACGUUGUCGGCGCCCAUCCAUUCUUCAAAUUCCAAAAGGACUCCCAGAAUCCUAGUUCAGAGCCUCCAAUUGCAUCGAUCCCCGUGUCCACGGCACCGGAGUCCGUUUCCAAGUUCGUGAUCCAUAUGGCGUGUGCGAGCACCCCGGUGCGAAAUAGAAAUCGCGACCGGGACUGGAAUUGCCAGAAUUGGGUUGGGGAGGCUUUGGCGGAGUUGGUUAAGGUCGGCUGUUUGACGGAGGAAGAGCGUAGACUGGCUAUUGGGGAAAUGGUUGAGAUUAUCUUGGAGGCUGAGUUGGAAGAUGAUUACCUUAUCUGUAUGUGA